AUGACACUUGACAGGCUUGCUACACAGGCUGCUUUACAUGCACGCGGUGAGGCAUUAGAGCCCUGGAUAUCGGUUGGACAGCUACGUGAUGACGUAUUGCGUGACGAGUUGCGAGGCAGUCGCCGUGAGAAGUUGUGGAAGCAUGUUCGAGCAAUCGUUGAGGGCAAUGCCAAUGUUAGAGCCUCUGUCCGUGAAGGCCGCGGUGGAGACGUCUCCAGAGUAUGGGAAUGGAUUGGUGGUGUAAGCGGUGUUGCGAAUGAGCGAGACUCUGCCGUUCGUCGAGAGAGCUCAAAGGUCAAAUUCUCACUUUCACCUUCCUCCGAAAACGUCGUACCACCUCCUGACCCAGGACUUAGGAGAGAAAGCAAGAAAUGGGAUGAGGGAAGGGCAAUAUAUUAA